AUGUACGAGAUAAAAUGGAACUUCAAUCUCAAAAGAUACAAAAAGAAUGGAACAGGAUUAAAUGUUCUUCGUUCGAUAAGAAUAAUUAAUACAAACAUGAAGAUGAGCAGUUUCACAAAGCAUGAAAAGGCAUCUACUGAUAUCUCCCGGGGUAACUCUAGUCUAGCCUUCGGUGGUUUAGAAUAUGCCCACAAGCGGCCAGUUUUCGACGACAAGAAAAUUGAAAGAAGGCAUAUCAAAGAGCAUAUGGCUGGUGCAUUUAGAGUAUUUGGCAGACGGGGUUACAACGAAGGCCCAGCAGGCCAUAUGUCUGUGAGAGACCCGGUGAAUCGCGAGACUUUUUGGAUCAAUCCCUUGGGAAUACAUUUUAGUUCUAUAAAGACAUCUGAUCUUGUACAUGUGGACUCUGAAGGAAAUAUUUUGAAGGACGGCAACCAAGCCCCAAUAAAUGCUGCAGGCUUCAAGAUUCAUUCAGAACUGCAUAAAGCGAGGCCUGAUGUCAAUGCUGCGUGCCACGCUCAUACCAUAUAUGGGAAAGCGUGGUCAGCAUUUGGUAAAGAGCUUGACAUGAUUAAUCAAGAUGCCUGCAUCUUUUUCAAUUGCCAUACAGUGUAUAAAAACUUUGGGGGUGUUGUGCUUGACGAACAGGAGGGCAAAAAGAUAGCACAGGCGUUAAGUAAAAAUAAAGCCAUCAUUUUACAAAAUCAUGGAAUUUUGACUGUCGGUGAAACUAUUGACGAAGCAGGCUAUCUUUUCGAUCUGUUAGAGAGGACGUGCCAAAUACAACUAAAUGUUGAAAUGGCCGCCAAGGUGGGUUUGGAGAAGAAACUCAUUGCCAAUGAAGAAGCCUACUAUACUCAGUACAAUACAUCCGAUCCAGAAAGUCUGUAUAGCGCUUUUCAAUCAGAUUACAACUUAGAAUUGGAGUUGACUAACGCCAAUUUUUUAUUAUGA